CAGCCAAAUCCACGGAUCGCCUUCCUCCGUCGUCCGCAUGGCACCGACAUCUUCCACAUUCGCUGGCACGCGCGCCCAAGUCCUGGGCAUCGGCUUUCACAGCCUCGACGAACGGACGCGCAGCGCGUUGGAGGCCUUCGAACGAGCCGUCCGUCCAUCUGGCGUGGCGGCUGGUGGCAGCGAUGGUGAGAAGGUCCGCUCCAGAAGCUCUCGAUUGCUGGAGGAAGAGUGCCGCUCGCUGGUGAGUGCUGGAGAGCAUUUGGUCGCCUCCGUGGGCAAGCUGGUGGAGUGUCCAUUGAUGGUGAUGUUGCUUCAAAAGCUGCCCAAGUUGCUGGUUCGCCAGGCGAUGAUGAUCGCCCUCGCAGAUGUCAUGCCGCAGCUGGUGGAGUCAGAGGCCUUGCGCCACCAGGCGGCCUCUGAGCACUCUGAGCUGCGACCUCAGUGAGUGGCGGUCAUGACCGCGGUGCUGACCGGUGUGGACCUCCACGACGACCGUCAGUCGACGUGCACCGCUCAAUGUCUGCACCGCUCCGGUGGUUCGGGCCCAACAAGGCUUUCAAAAGGCCCGGCGCGUUUGGACCGAAGAACGGCCCUGGCGCCCAACCGAAGAACA